UGCUUCUUAUACAUUGAUUUUAAAUAAUAUUUUAUUUGUCAAAUCUCAUGAUAUUAGGUUAAACUUUUGUUUGCUUGGCCAUUGGGUUUAUGAUUCUGUACAUUUCAUCUUGAUUUAUUCAGGUUUGAAUUAAUUUGUGUCGUGGUUGUCUUAACUACUAGUAUAGAAUUUUGUGUAUGAUUUUUCAGUGGAUAUAGGCCAUAAUGUUACAUAUGCAUAAUAUAGGGAUUGUUUUGUACACUGUAAUUGGCUGCAAUACAUUUUACAAGAAAUGGUUUAUUUUGCAACUGCUAUCGCAAAACAAAAAAUAACUGUACAUAAAAAAAAAAUCAAUUGUACAUCAUUCUUCUACAUCUCAACUGAGAAAUUUCAUCACCUAUUUGUCCUUCAUUUCUUCAUUCAUAAUGGAUGUAAAUUAACAAGUAAAAUACCAUUCAAGUAUUGAAUAGCUUACAAAAUUAUGUGAUAUGCAUGCACUUUAUGUAUGCUUAUACGUCAGAAAACUCCCAGGUUGCCACAUGACAUGGGACAUCAGCUGUAUCUCUUAUUCUUAAACCUCACUGCUUGAAAAUUGAAAGUGCGGCUCCUUUCUAAGUUGUGAGUCAUCACAUAUAACGUUUACACAAUGAUACAUAUAAACAAACCUUGAGUUAAUGCACCAUGACAUGAAUUUAGAAUGCAUCUUGAUUAGAACCGAACAAACCGAACCGAACCGCACCGAACCGACUUGCAAAAGUUCGGUUCGGUUUUGAAUAAUGGAUGGUUCGGUUCGGUUGUUCAAAAUUUGAUAAAAACCAAACCGAACUGACCGUUUGCACACCCCUACUUUUCUCCGCUCUCCCUCUUCUUCUCGGCUCCCGGGCGACGAACCCUAGUUUUGUUCAAGUACUUUUUCUUGUCAAUUAGUUCGUUGUUUAUAUGAGAAGUGUUUGGGGCUAAUUUGUGUAUUUUUUUUUUUUGCAUGAACUAGAUUUGAUUUCUUGCAGCAAUGUCGAGAUGGCAACGGCACGUGCGAUCCGUUCUUCACCACGCUUCUACAGCCAGUGUCAAGAAGCAAAACCAUCCCAAUUUUGUAGCUCCAUAUAGCUCAUUGUCAUAUUCUUCACAAAUUCCUGGUGGCCAAUUGGCAUGUUUAAGGAGGGCAUCUGAUCUUUCUACCCGAAGAAUGUUCGGGCCUUUGUAUCAGUGUCUACAAUACUGUGGAUUUUUCAGUUCACGGAGAUUGUCAGCAGAAGAUGUUUCUAAUGUGGAGCCUGUUUCGUCUCCUUUGACACCACUUUUGGGUGACGGUAAAACUACAACCAAGGAUGCAGUCUGUAGAAAGACAACUAUUCAAGCUAUAAAAAAGGGCAUAAAACAGAGUCCCAAGAAGGUCAAUUUGGUGGCUAAACUGGUUAGGGGAAUGCGUGUUGAAGAUGCUCUCUUGCAGCUGCAAGUAACAGUGAAAAGAGCUGCCAAAACAGUGUAUCAGGUUAUCCACUCUGCUCGAGCCAAUGCAGCCCAUAAUCAUGGGUUGGAUCCAGAUAAACUCCUUGUCGCCGAAGCCUUUGUUGGAAAAGGGUUAUAUCUGAAGCGACUCUCAUACCACGCCAAAGGAAGGAGUGGGAUCAUGGUGAGACCCAGAUGUCGGUUGACGGUAGUGGUUCGCGAGACCACCCCAGAGGAAGAGGCAAAGAUAGCCAAGCUGAGAGUCAGCAACUACAAGAAACUUUCGAGGAAGGAGAAGCAGUUAGUCCCUCAUCAGCUAAUCGAGACCACACCGAGGUGGGGCCGAAAAAGGAAGGAGUCUGUUGUUGCCUCAAGUUGAUGCAUAACGCGAAAAUAGUACUCCUUCUAAUGUUACCAACGGAAAAUGCAAGUGAGGCUGAAGCUGCAGUUUUUGUAGGCAACUGUCUUGUAGAAACUAGGUAUCUUGUUAUUCUGCAGAGUACUUGUUUGUAAUAAAAAUAUCGCGCGCAGACCGUAUGGAUUUUGUGGAUCUAUACUAAGAUCUUGCUGGAACGGUUGAGGUUUGAUAGCAUUCCUUGACAUGCUAUUAGAAUCCAGAGUUUAGAAUAUAAUUUGACGAUAAUCUACGACUGUUUAAGCUUCUGAAAGGUUAUAAUUGAUAGCGCAAACUUUGUACGUCUCCA